GAGAGAGAAUAAACGAAGAAAAAAAAAAACUAAAAAUCGGUUAUUUUUCCAGAGAGGUCUUAGGAGAGAGACGGAAUCGCUUUGUAUAUAAGCUAAACAAGCCAAAAACAUUUAGAGGAAGAGAAAGAAAAGAGCUCCUCUUGUUAUCCCUGCGGGUUAAUAAUAAGACAACGGCGACAGCCAAGGCGGAAACUGAGGAGCUUUUGUUGCCAAUGGCGGAGUCAAACGGCUCCGUUUCCGUCGACGUUGGAACCAUCUAUCUUGGUGGCAAGGAGCAUCGUGUUAAAACUGCAUGUGGUGUUGUGUCUGUCAUUGUCUAUGGAGAUCGAGAAAAGCCAGCAUUGAUUACGUAUCCCGAUCUGGCCCUUAACCAUAUGUCAUGCUUCCAAGGAUUGUUCUUUUGCCCUGAAGCAGCUUCCUUGCUGUUACAUAACUUCUGCAUAUAUCAUAUCAGUCCACCGGGGCAUGAGUUGGGAGCUGGUCCGAUUUUUCCUAAUGAUUCAGUCCCUUCUGCUGAUGAUUUAGCUGAUCAGAUCCUUGAAGUUCUCAACUUUUUCGGCCUUGGUGCUGUGAUGUGUAUGGGAGUGACUGCAGGUGCUUACAUCCUCGCAUUAUUCGCGAUGAAACAUAGAGAAAGGGUUGCCGGUUUGAUUCUUGUCUCACCACUAUGCAAGGCACCGUCUUGGUCUGAAUGGUUCUACAACAGAGUUGUCUCAAACUUGUUGUAUUUCUACGGAAUGUGUGGAGUUGUUAAGGAGUUUUUGCUUCAAAGAUAUUUUAGUAAGGAAGUCCGUGGUAACGUAGAGCUUCCAGAGUCAGAUAUAGCACAAGCUUGCAGAAGACUGCUUGAUGAGAGGCAAAGUGUAAACGUCAUGCGGUUUCUUGAUGCCAUUGAUCGGAGACCUGACAUCUCAAGUGGAUUGAAGAAACUAAAAUGCAGGACACUUAUCUUUAUAGGAGAUCAAUCGCCAUUCUAUUCAGAAGCUGUUCACAUGGCAGCAAAUUUGGAUAGAGGAUACUGUGCUUUGGUUGAGGUUCAGGCUUGUGGUUCAAUGGUAACAGAGGAGCAACCGCAUGCAAUGUUGGUUCCAAUGGAAUAUUUCUUGAUGGGAUAUGGAUUAUACAGACCAUCUUGUUUCACAGAGAGCCCUAGAAGUCCUCUUAGCCCUUCCUGCAUUUCACCCGAGCUUCUCUCCCCUGAAAGCAUGGGAUUAAAGCUUAAGCCUAUCAAAACCCGAGUUUCCGCUUAAGUGCAUGUGUGUGCUAUUACACUGAUUCACUGGUCUAGUUUUGUAGAUAUAGAACAAACAAACACUAGGGAGAUUUGAGGAGAAGACAUCUAAGCCAUCCUUAUAUAACACAUUCUUUUGUAGUCAGCCAUGAUAAAAACAGCCGUUCAUUUUGUUAAGAAGCCACAAAUGUUGUUUCAUUAUAUUCAUUUUUCUAUAUAUAUGUAAAAUGUUCUGGUGUUGUGACAAUGUAACAUUUUUUUGUGAUGGGACACUUGCAGAUUAUGUCA